GUUUUAUCGACAGUGCAGUUGAGUGCAGAGCUGACACGCUGCAGUGAAUAGGACAUUGUCCACGGAAAUUGUGUACGCUGAAGUUGACGCGUGAUUCGCCCUUUUCUUCUUCAUCAACACCUCACGCUCCCCCGGACCGCAACGCCGUAGCCAUGAAAGUCGCGUCCAAAGCCUGCGCGGUGAUCUUCCUCAGGCUGAUCGUCGCGGCGCUGACGUCGGCCGAGCAAGAAAGCAGAGCUGCCACUGGAAUCCGUGAUUUUGUGCUCGCUGGUGGCGUCAAGAGCAACUUGUUCGGGACGUGCUCCGCUCUCGCCAACACCGUCACGGGCGACCUGUUCGCCAUUGACCUCGGAGGCGGCAAAGAAUACAUAAGAUUUGCCCCCAAGAAUGUGAUUGCUGUUGAUUGGGUGAAGCUGAACAGCAGCGGCGCAUCAACGGAUAUCAUCGCCUGCUCGGACGCCGCGUUUGCAAGGAACGCUCUCAUGUUCAAGAUCAACGGCUCCUGCUACGCCAGCGGCAGGACUCUGUACGACGUCGCGAAGGACGAGCAGGACUGCGGUGACGCGCCUGCUGAAGUUGUCUACGUCAUGACGCCUCCUCAAGGAGAAUGGAUCGGAAACACCUUCCUUCUUUACACUGAGUCCUCGUCUGACGGGUGCCUCCUCAGCAACAUCGACAACACAGGUCACGUCUUCAAUGACUCCGUGAAAACUCCGUACAACCCUGGACUGAUGCCGCAAAAGCUGACUUGCUGCAAUACAAUAAAAGCCGGACAUUGCGUCGAGAUUGCGUCGAGAAGUGAUCCUCCUGUCGAUACCGAAAACUUCGCGUACUGCGAGGCCAAGACUCGGUGCGAGGCCCUCGGCUUGCAGCUGGCGUCCUACGAGUUGCAGACCACCUCCGAAAUUGUGGAAUACUUGGCGGGAAAUUAUAAGCAUGCCUGGGUCAACACGCAGCGUGGAGAAGGGGGCUACUACCGCUGGCUUCCCGACGGCCAGAACAAUACCAUCCAUGCUGGUAGCAGUGACAAUCCCCUUGGAAAGUGUGCUAUAUUCGACACCAAUGACGAUGAUCUUUGGCCGGUUGAUUGCGAGGUAUUGGAUUUGGCCAUAGCCCUCUGCAUCGGCCCCAACACAUCCCUGAAGCAGUGUUGAGAAGUAUUGAGGCGGUUGCUACAACACACACACAUUUUUUUAUUUUUCUUGAAAUUCAAGCUUUGCGUGAUGAGUGAAAUAUUUCAUGGGCCCUUUCCCGUUUGUCAAAAUUUAGUUACCUACCUAUAGCCUAUUUAGAUUUGGUCUUCAGGAGGAAAUACUUCUCCAUGUUGAGAUAAUUUGCAUUAUUCUGCCUCGCCAAUGAGUUGACAGGAUUUAUUUUUUGGCGAGCCAGCAUGGACACGUUCUGACACUAAAAACUAGCGAGGGUCCAGCAGACACUGCAGUUUCCUGGCUUGCAUGUCGAGGAACCUUUAGCGCUGCCAUUGAGUCGCUUGCGUUUCUGAUGUGCGAAGCCAGUUUGUGUUCAGUGUAAUCGAAGACAUCAAAUGCUGUUGUAACGAGUGUGUUGUGACGAGUGUGUUGAGACGAGUCUGUUGUGACGAGUGUGUUGUGACGAGUGUGUUGUGACGAGUGUGUUGUGACGAGUGUGUUGUGA